UCCCCAAGUUGGAUGAGAAGAGUCAGACUCGUGUUUGAGUUCCUGCGUCAGACUGAAGGAAGCGACGCUCCACGGAGACAGGAAACGCCUCCAGGGGGCCAUGUCUGGCAGCAACAGUGAGAACAGCAGCUGGACCGUCCUCGCUCCUGAGGAGACUGUCGCUGAAACCCUAAAGCCCCUGGCAGAGGAAACAGAGAAUCAUGAUGAAAGUCUUACAUCUGCAGCAGAGCCAGAAUCUGGAGCAAAUCAGGCUGGAAGGGGUGAAGACUCCACAGAGGGCUCCCCUGUGGAGAAACACCUGGUGUCAGAAGAAAGAACAGUGGAUCUAAUUGGAGACACAAGCACAGAGCAACACACCUCCGUGCCGCCUGCCCUCAGCGAUGCCGCUGUUCCAGCUUCUUUGGAAGACUCCAGCAGCUCUGUUCCAGGCAGCGAUGCCCUCGACCACUCUCUGGGCCCCCCCGAGGGCCCACCCGAGGGCCCAGCACCGUCCAGCCCUGACCCUGAUUCUUUCUCUGACUCCUACACCCACAUAACCCCCUCCCCUGAUGAGCCCCCAGCCUCACUGCUGACAACAGAGACUCUGGGAGGGGGCGAGUUUACACAAGAACAAGAAGAAGAGAGGCUCACAGAGGAAAGAACGGUGCACCACAUCAAUGGUCAAGAGAUACAACAGGAAGAUGAGUCAGACCUGUCUCCAAGAACGAGUGACUUAGGGAAACAGGCAGACUCCCCCGUGGAUUCCGAGGUGGGUGAGGAGAGGAAGGAAGAGGAGGCAGGGCCAGAGGUGAGGAGGAGGCGGACGUCUCUCUUAGCGGCUCUGGACCGAGCCAGUAGGACUGAGGAGGAAGAGGAAAGAGAGGAAGAGUUUCAGGUGCCGCAUCGAGACGACGACAGCGGAUUCUCUGUGAACAAGUGCAUGCUCGCUGCCGUCAUCCUGUUAGGCCUCGGCACCAUCUUCUUCUCCGGUUUCUUCAUGGACUUGGGUCAGGAGAGUGACUAUGGGACAAGGGAGCUGAAAGAUUCAGAAGCUCCAGGAAAACAGGAGUGGCUAAAUCCAGAGGUUCCUCCACCUCCAGGAGAUGCUGACAGUACAGAGCUGCUUAAUAAGCCGGCUGAACAGAACCAGCAGAUUUCUUUGCUACAAGCCCAAUUUCAGGCAGAGCAAGAAGAGCUAAAAGUGGCCGAGGGACAGGCAGCAGAGGGAGCAGAGGCAGCAGAGGGAGCAACGGAGCGUCUGUGGGAGGAGGUGGAGAAGGAACACAAUCCCACUGAAGCAGCUCAAGCACCUGUGCAGUCCACAACAUCGCCCUCAAGUGGUCAGCCCGAGGACAGCAGGCAGGAAACAACUCAAGAGAGAGAGGACAGGAAACCAUUGAAGGACAAGAAAGAGAAGAAGACGGAUUGGAAGAAGGAGAAAUAUGACACUGGUGAAAAGAAAGAGUGGAAAGAGAGAGAGAAAUUUGAAUUGAAGGAAGGAGAGAAAGAGCGCAAAGAUGGAGGUAAAACAGAAUGGAAAAAGGGAAAACAAGAGCAGGGAAAGUCUGACAAGGUGAAAGAUAAGGAAGGUAAACAGGAGAGGCAAGGCGACGUAACAAAACAAUACAAGGAGAAGAAUAAGAAGAAAGAAAAGGUGAGCCGAGGUGAUGAAGGAAAGUCAUGGAAGGUUAGCGAAGGGAAUAAGGAAUGGAUAGAGAAGAGUGAGAGAAAAGAUCGGAGGGAAGUGAAAGACUGGAAAAAGGCGAAGCAUGAGAAAGUGAACGAGGGUAAGCAAGAGAAGAAGGAUUGGAAGAGGGGAAAGGACCAGGGAGAGAAGCACAAGGGGAGGAAAGAAUGGAAUGGAGAGAAGGAGUGGAAGAAAGUGAAAGAUGGCGUCAAGGAAAGUGGCAAAGACAAAUGGGAGAAGAAGGAUUGGAAAGAGAGAAGUGAGAAGAAAGAGUGGAAGAAAGAUGGUGAGUGGAGGGCAAAAAAUGGCAAAGAAGGGAAAAGAAAAGAUGAAAGGAAACAGUGGGAAAAAAGUGAAAAUCAUAACAGAAAUCAUGGUAAGGACAGGAAAAUGAAGGAUGAAAAGAAACAGUGGAGAGAGAAUGAGUGGAAGGGUAAAGAUGAUAAGGAAUGGAAGAAGAAGGAUGCGAAGAAACAGCGGGAAAAGGAGGAAGAAUGGAAUAGGGGGCAGAAAGAGAAAGUUCACAAUCAUGACGGGAAGAAAGUCAGAUCAAGCUCUGGGAAAAACAAAGAUGAACACCACCAUGAGGAGCAUGUGAGAGGAGAUGGGAAGGCCGCUCACACACACCGCAGCCCCCCCCUCGAACAACCCGAGUACUGGGUCCAGCAGAGAGACCGGCUCCAGCACAAAACCAAACCCCCACAGAACUGCAACUCAUUGGAGACCUGCGCUCAGAGUGAGGGGCUGCUUCCUGUCCCCCUGCCUGAGUUUGAAGCCAUCCUCCAAACUUACCUGGCCAAGGCGGAGGAGGCGGGAGUGGAUGCUUCCAAAAUAGAGGAGCUCAGAAAGCUGGCUCCGGAGUUCUUCAAGGACGGAGUCUUUGGUCACGACCAGAUGAGCUUUCAUGAAUUUGUGGAAGACGUGGGGGAUAUUCUGGAAGAUAUGGUGGAAGAGGAUGACAACGGGUAUGAGACGGACAGCGAAAUCGAGGAAGAAAUGGAGGAGUUUGAAAGAGAAGUGAUAAAGAAGUUUUCAGUGCCGGAAGCUGCAGAGAAAAUGGAGGGAAUCCAAAUGGAGAAACGGAAUGUGAAAGGACGUGGCUGAAAUGGGCGGGUGGGGAAUUGAUGGAUCUGUUAAAAGCAGCAAAGAGGAGCAGUGACGGAUGAAGUUAUUCAAAGGGAACAUUUGUUUUUGGACCACAAAAGCUUAUAAAGGAUGCAUUAAUCAUCCUGUCCUUUUUCUCAGAGCAUGUUAUAUCACCACCUCUGCUUGUUGUUUCGGUGGCGUUUCAACUUACAGUUUAUUUUGACUGUUUUUGGGAAAGCUUUUUAUUUCACCUGCACACAGCAGAAGAGAAAUGGUUAACUUAUAAAUCAUAACAUUUUUUAGUUAGGAGAGUUGAAGAGGCUGAAACCCCACAUCUAGUUUCUUAGUUUUAUCACUGACUGACCACCAAUGUUAUUUUCUUCCUUCUCUGAAUCCUGUUAGAUUGAGCUGCUUUGAAUCUCAUCUCUGUAAUAACCACUUUAGUCUUAGUCACCCAUUACACCUCUUCCUCUGCAAACAGCUCCGUGCACUGUUCAUGUCUUCACUUAUCAGUUCCGACAGUACGUCAUCUUUAUGUUGUCAUUUCUUAAGCCUCUCUCCUGACAGAUUUAAAGAGUGAAGUUUAGUUGCAUAGAGAACAGUGAGUGUGAACUGCUGAACUGGUUUGAUGAAUAUUUAUGUGAAAUUAGAGAGAAUCUGCUUUGAUUUUGGCUUUGAAUGUUUUGUACAUAUUGCUUUAAAUGUCUUAAAACUAUGCAGAUAUAGUUAACUUAUUUUAUAGAAGCAGGCAUGAUAUAGGUGAAAUAAAACAGUUGUCAGGCACUUAAAAUAUUGACAUGUUGAGCAUCUAUGUUUCUUUUCAGGUACGGAACUUGUGUUGUGCACUAAAAUGUUCUUAAUUAUUGUUUUAUGUUGAAUGUAAUAAUUGUUCUUGAUAUGGUUGUCGAGGCUCUUAAUUAAUGGGAAAUAGAUUUCAGCAAUAUCACUUGGACAAUAGUGUUCAAACAGAUUUAUAAAAAAACAACUAACUUAUGAAGUGUUGUUGAUCCAAGGCCCUACAGCCGCACAGAGAUUAUUAACAAUGCAGAACUACAGAUUGUGUCGGCUUUUUGGCAGCACAAGACAACUUUGUAUGUUUGAAUGUCCAUAUUUGCCCAUACUGUAUGUUGUAAGAGCAGAAUAAUAAAUUUGGUGCAUCCAUUUGAUGAAAAA